AUGAGCUUAAUAGUACGCCAAAGAGUAGGGAUGCAUGAUGAGUCCCUUACUUAAACAAUACAAACUAAGAAUAUAUAAAAAAAAAGUAAGCUUUUUUAUAAAGUUAGAACUUCAAACUAGAAAACGUCACCCAACUAAAUAACUCAUCUGUCUAGUUUCAGUACCUAAACCAUUUAAAGAACAUGUCUAUAUCAAGUCAAAUGUAGAACUGAAAUUAGCUCUUUCUUUUAUACCAGAUCAUUGUCUAGGUGCUUUAAAAGAAACACCCUGCACCUAUAAUUAUAGAGUCUCACGCACUGACUAAAUUGAUGACGUCUAUUUUUACACUCUUGAAUUGCUCGACUAAGCCAACCAUUCCAUUGAUCAAAUCACUUAACUACUUUCUCAUUAAUCUGACCCUCAUGCUAUUAAGGCAGCUUAAUUAGUAUAGGAACGACACAAAAUUCUUCAAGAAUAUACUCUACAACCAUAUAUAUCUAAUGAAGAUCUACUUGAAGUUGAAAAAAUAGCACAAGAAUAUCCUUAUUAAUGUACAAUCCAAAAGGUUAAUAAGGAUUCCAGUUCUUUGUCCUAGAGAAUUGUUAAUGAAUAAUUCUAUACUCUCAUGGGAGUGAGUAGGGAAAUGAUGUUAAAUCACUUACAUGACACUAAAACACUUCCAUCAAUUUUCGAUCUUGGGCCUUCUCUUAAAUUAUGGUGUGAUUUAUCUGCCAAUUCGAUUUAAUCAUUUCGAUCAUUUGAGACUUAUAUUAACACAUAUGAAGGUGCUCAAUAUAAAUGUACAGUUGAAUAGAGGCAAAUGUUUAAAAGAACAUAAGUCAAUCCAAAUCAAAUAGUCUUCAUCGAAUUUUGGCUCUUUAAAGUCGAUGAACCCCUCAAAUCCUUUCUCAUGAAUCCUUAACGUAUAUAUUAGAAUCAAAUUGAUUACUUUAAUAAGAAAAAUACUUAACAAGAAUAUGAAACUUUCUAAUAAUCCAUGAACUUUAAACAAACCCCUUUAUAUAAAAACAAGAACCCUUGUGGAUAUAAAGAAUUAGCAUGGAUUUGA